AGUUAGAUUCAUGACUCUUAAUCCAGUCUAUUACCAAAUAAUCUUGUUUCAGGAUUUCCUGCUGUAAGACUUAAAAAAGAAACUGACUCCCAGCUGGAGCAGUAUGACCGGUAAAAACAAAAUCAUGGACAUUUCUGAGCUGAGUAAAUUAACAGAAUCUAUUUCGAAUGAACUGGAUUGCACAGGAUUUGAAGUUAAACCAUUCAAGAUUGGAUGGUACAAUGACAAAGUGGAUAAAAGAUUUAUACUACCAGAGACCUAUGAUACAAUUGGUUAUCUGAUCAUUAGUACCCCUUCAAUGUUUGAGAAUGCUUUCUUACCAUUCAUCUGUAGACAAGAAUGUACUGGUGUCAAAGAUCCAUUGGAUCAGUGUGUCGCUCACUAUUUUCAACAAAUUAAACAGAAAUUUCCAGAUUAUAACAUAGAGUCAAUACAUGACUAUGAGCUUCAUCCAAACCACAGACCAAAAGUUUUGGUACAGACUGUAGCCCAUGUGUCUGGUGCAGCUUAUUUUUAUCAAAGAUCAGAUGUUUCUGAAGAUCCAUGGGACACAAAAAAGAAGAUGUGUGGAGUUUGUAUUCAUCCACAAUAUGGAGGCUGGUUUGCUCUACGAGGUGUUCUUAUAUUUAAAAACAUUGAAUGCCCAAGUCUCAUUCAAGAAAACCCAAUAGAUGUCAUUCCAACUUGUGAAAAGAGAAUAGAACUUUUGGAAAGGUUUAACUAUAGUUGGCAAGACUGGACUUACAGAGAUUUAACAGAAACUGUUGAAAAAUACUCUGAUGACCAAAAACAGUAUUUUGCAACUCCUCCAAAAGAUAGAAAAGAACUAAUUUUAUCACUGAAGAAUAAAAUAAAACUACAAAGUGAAGAAAUUAGAGGAUCAUAAAUAAUUUUCUAUUAUAAACAGUCUGUGAUUAAACUAUUAUAUUUUGUUUCCCCUUAUUAAAGGGGUUAUUCUUGCUUGUUAAAUUGUUAGAGGAUUUUAUUUGUUGCUGUUUAUCUUUUUAUAAUUGUUUAUUUGGUUUAAUUUUGCGACAUAUUGAUAUGGCUUAUAUUUUUUUACAUUAGACAUUAAUAUUGUUUUGGAAUAGAACUUUUUUUGAUAGCUCUUUCAAAAUACAUCUAGUGUUUUUUGCUUAUCGCAAAACAUCUUGUACUGGUUAUAAAAAUUUGUUUAAUGUUAGAGGAAUUUGUCAUACUUAUUUUUUUCAUCCAUAAAAUACCACUAAUUUAUUUAUUAUCAGAAAUUGAAAUAAAUAUAUAUAUUUGA